GGGAAUGGAUUCCGCAACAAUAAUUUGCGGUAGUUUGAAAAGUGCAUGGAAUUCUGAGCCAAGACUUGCAUUUACCCUCAACCACUUGAUAAAUACCAGGAAGGAGCAACCACGGAACCUCUCUUUGAUACCGCUCCCAUUGCUUGCCGUAUUUCUUGAGCAUGUACUGGCUCAGCUCAACGGCAGACAUUCCGAUAAACCCCCAGGCGUUGAACGCCACGGCCGCAACGCUCGCGGGCCAGCUACCGGCGGCAAGAGUGGUUCCCGCUCGCCACAGCGUAUACCCGCCGUAGUUGAUGUGGCGCGCGAGCUUCCAGAACCCCGUCGUGCAGAUGCGGCCCUUGUUCUCCUCGCGGCCCUUGAAGCGACGGCGCUGCGUCUCGGAACCUAGCUCGAGAAAUAUACCCAGGCCGAACACGGCGGCUCUCAAGACCAUGGGCAGCGGGAGCGACACCCCUGCGAGUGGGACAAGAACGUGGGGCCCGGCGGCGGCGACCAGGAGCAGCGAGUUGACCGAGCUGUACGUGACGUUGAAGCCGACGCCGAAGAGGGCGACGGGGAGCGAGAGCUCCUCCAGCUGCGUGCGCAGGAGGGCGUAGCUCUGCUUGGCCAGCCCGCCGGCCGUCAUGCCCAGCAGGAGGAGGCUGGGCGCGCUCGGGCCCAGGCGGUCCACCGCGGGAAUCCCUGUGUGGGCGGUGGCGGCGGAGGAGACGACGGGCGCGGCGACAGCGAGGCCCAGGCAAGAGAGGAUCGGCACGGACCAGGCGCCGGAAAGGAGUUUGUACUGGAGGCCAAGGUCGAGAAUUCGCAGCCCAAUGAAGGAGGACGUCCCCCAGGGCGAGUGCCUCUUAGUGCAUCGGCGUAUGCUCAAGGCGGGAGGCCCAGCUGCGCCUCUCGCCGGUUUGGGAUCAAAUGUGGCUGGCAUGGUUUGUUUCCUUUGCUUGAAAGGGCGCUCGUCGUUUGCACAGGUUUCCAGGGUCGCUAGUUGUCAUUAAAUAGGUAGGCCAAAGCCCCCCCUCCCCUCUUCCGGCUGCGUUCAAAAAGGGGACGGAUCUUUCGGCCCCAGCUUCACUUUCCGGACCCCCACAGCCCACAUCGCCCGAUAUGGACCUGACGGAAGAGUACCGGCGGCGAGAGAAGCGCGAUGUCGACGUCGACGAUGCCGACGUCCUCCGUGCCUUUGGCGGCCUUGACCACGUCCUGACCGCAGGCCUGACGGGCAGUCAGGUCCAGGAAAUUUCCGACUACCUCAUGGACGCGUUUCUCCUCUUCGUCCCGAUGGAGAGCCUCUGGCGCCGGCCGGGGUUUGCGAGCUACUCAUGGGCCGGCUGGCAAGGGGAGAUGCGGUGGCCGCGCGAGACCUUUGUGGGUGCUGGCCCCAGCAAGCUUAAGCCCGAGGACGCGUGGCAUGUCGCCUGGUGGAUGGAGCACUCGGCAUUUCUUGGGUGGCGUCCGCCUCAGAGGUCGGAUAGUCACCCUAGGAGUAGGGAGGAGCGGUGGAGGUACGAUGUCACUGGUCAGCAGCCACGAAGGCGUGCCCCUCGCCGAGUAUAUCAAGGCGCAACCGGCGGUGUUUCCGUCAGCAGCAAGAGCAAGUUCAGCAGACUGGCCUCCCAAUUGCGGCCGCGCUCUCGGCGGGCGCUGACGAGCUGGGUGGCGGAGCGAAGAGCGAAACACAGACGGCGGCAGAUGUCGGGUUCGCGGGUCGAGUCCGGUCGCUGGCAUAUCGAACUGGGCAACGGCUCUACAGAUGAUCAAGGGGCACUUCCGUACCCUUUGAUCGGGGCCGAAACGAUCCGUCUCCGUCUGAAUCUGGGCGAGGCCUUGAGCGGGCAGGAAGAAGCAGCUAGCAUUGACCGCCAAGUCGCCCCUAUCACUGCUGCUAGGCCGCUCUGCUCUAGGUCCGGCAAGUUGGUACGGCCGCUUCAUCUCGAUAAUGACUCGCACGUGGCGGCCGCAGCAGCGGCAUCAAAUCCUGUGAUCGACCUGGUUGUCAUGUCCCUGUCCCAGGCGCCCGCCGCCAGGCCUGUGUUUUACAAGGACCCGUCGCUGCUAGCCACCGCCAGAGAGACCAAACCCCUCCUGUAG